ACGUUUUUUUUUCAAAUCGUUUAUUUAUCAAAUUUGUGUGCGCACUAAAGUGACAUAGACAGGCAAUCAGACAUCUAAAAUUCUUUGUUUUUUUUUGUUGAAUUGAAAAUGGCACCAACUGAAUCAAAUUCUGAAUUUUUGCUUGCAAUCGUGCAUGAAUUUUUAUUGAGAAAAGAUCGUAAUUUGGCUGGUGUAUUUAAAUCAAAAUGUAACUCGCCGGUUUUACCGAAAGACUCGCCCAAACUGGAAGAUGUGCUUGCAUUUUAUGCAAAAAGUUCCAAUAAAAUUCCAAAACUCAAAGCACCAUCAUCGGAUUCAGAUGACAGUAGUUCUGAAGAUGAAAAACCAGCUCAAAAACCAGCCGCUAAUAAAACAGCGGCCAAAGUAAUUCCGGCAAAAGCAGCUACUAAAAAAGACAGUAGCAGUUCAGAAGAGAGCAGUUCAGAUGAGGAAGAUAAAAAACCAGUGCAAAACAAAUCCAUUUCAAAACCAACGCCGGUAAAACCCGUAGCGAAAAAGGAUAGCAGCAGCUCGGAUAGCAGUGCAGACGAGGACGAAAAACCAAAAUCAAAGGCACCACCAGCUAAAAGUACACCGACACAAAAACCUUCAACCAAAAAAGAUACUAGUUCCGAUUCGGAGAGCGACAGUAGUUCGGAAGAUGAAAAACCGGCUGCCAAAAAGGUGGCCGCGGUCACUGCGAAAGCAGCACCAGUCAAGGUAACACCACAAAAGAAACAAGAAUCAUCUGAUGACAGCAGCGAUUCCGACUCAUCGGAGGAUGGCAAGAAAACAGUAAAGCCAGUCGCCAAACCAGUUGCCGCAGCAAAGGCUGUAACCAUUAAGAAAGAGAGUUCAAGUGACGACUCUGACAGUGAAGAAGAGAAAAAACCGGCACCUGCUAAAGCUGUGACACAAAAGAAAGCGGAGUCGUCAGAGGACAGCGACACCGAUUCAUCGGAAGAUGAAAAACCCAAAACAGUUGCUGCAAAAACUACAGCUCAGCCAGCAAAGGCAAUAGUUAAAACAAAGAAAGAUAGUUCUGAUGAAGACAGUGACAGCGAUGAUUCGGACGAUGAAGAAGCUAAAAAGAAGACAACAGUCGCUGCAAAAGCAACACCAGCCAAACCAACACCAGCCAAACCAACACCAAAAAAGAAACAAGAAUCAUCUGAUAGCAGUGACUCCGAUUCAUCGGAAGAUGAAAAGAAAACAGUAAAACCAGUGACCAAGCCUGCUGUUGUAACCAAGCCUGCGGUUAAAGCCAACAAAAAGAGCUCAAGUUCAAGCGAUGAUUCCGACAGUGAAGAUGAUAAGCCGACUCCGGCAAAAGCAACACCGGCUAAAACAGUCGCAAAACCACUUGUCAAAAAAGAAUCGAGUUCUGAAUCAGAGAGUGACAGUGACUCAGACGACAAAACAGUAAAAAAGCCAUCGGUCGCCGCAAAGAAAGUGACCACGCCAAAUAAAGUGGCCACCAAAUCAUCAUCAUCUGAAGAUAGUAGCUCAGAAGAAGAGGCUUCAAAGAAAAAGGCACCGACUACACCAGCACAAAAAGUUGUUCAAAAAGUGUCAAAGAAAGAGAGUUCAAGUUCCGACUCAAGUGAUGACAGUGAUGAUGAACCGGCAAAAAAGAAGCCUGCUGUGAAAGCGCCACUCACCAAUGGAAAGGCCACCGUAAAUGGUAAAUCACCUUCAUCGGAAGACAGUAGCUCAGAUGAAGAGGAAACUGCAGCAAAAAAGCCAAAAUUAGCAAAUAACUCAGUUGCUAAAAAGAAAGAUUCAUCAUCGUCGGACUCAAGCGAUAGCGACGAUGAAAAAGAAAAAUCAGUGGCAAAAACAACAGCCAAAUUGUCACCAACAAAAACAAGUACGCCGCAUAAUACAUUGAAGUACGGUAAUUUUGUAUCGGGUGGUAUAAUGCAACCAACCAUUAAGAAACCGGCUAAGGAAUCAUCAAGUGAAGAUUCCUCCGAUAGUGAAGAACAAAAACCAGUCGUACAAAAUAAUGCUACGCCAGCUGGUGGUAAAAAGAGAAAAUUUUCCGCGUCGGAAGAUACUGAAACACCAAUCGCCAAGAAGGCAAAUAACACAAAUAAUUCAUUUAAUAAAAGCUCAAAUUCAAAAUCAAACACACCAUUUAGACGAGUUAAAACCGAAGAAGUCGAAGUCGACGAACGCUUGGCAAAUAAUUCAUUUGAUGCAAAGAAAGGAGCAAAAGGAUCGUGGGGUCAAAAAGCAAAUGAGAUUUUAAAGCAUACACGCGGUAAAUCAUUUAGACAUGAAAAAACAAAGAAAAAGCGCGGAAAUUACAAAGGCGGUCUUAUUGAUUCAGUAAAUGUAAACUCCGUUAAAUUUGAGGAUUAAAAUGUACGAAUACAAAACGAACGGA